AUGGGUAAUCUCUUCUCGAGCCUCUUUUCGCAACUCUUCGGAUGGAACAAGGAUGUACGAAUCCUCAUCCUCGGCCUGGACGGUGCUGGCAAGACCACCAUCCUCUAUCGCCUGCAGUGCGGUGAGGUCGUGUCCACCCUCCCCACGAUCGGCUUCAACAUGGAGACCGUGACCUACAAGAACGUCACCUUCCAGGUGUGGGACUUGGGCGGCCAGACCUCCAUUCGGCCAUACUGGCGGUGCUACUAUGAGAACGCAACGGCGGUGAUCUAUGUUGUGGACAGCUCCGACUCCGAGCGAUUGAACAUCUCCAAGGACGAACUCAUGGCCAUGCUCAACGAAGAGGAACUGAAGAAGGCGGCGCUCUUGGUGUUCGCCAACAAGCAGGACCUUCCCGGGGCUCUCACAGAGGCGGAGGUGUCCAACGCUCUGGGCCUCGAUACGCUCAAGCAGAGGCAGUGGGCGAUUUUCAAAACGUCGGCCAUCAAGGGAGUUGGGGCGACUUCCCUCGCUGGAUUGGAGCCUCUCGAUCCUGUCGCCCAGCCGGCCGGUGUACUGUUCGGGUGCGCCGCCACGCCUCAGCCUCUCCUCUUCGAGCUCUCUCAGGUAGUGCUCCUCCUUCAUACCGUACUCCUGAACGCGCCUCUGCCGCUCCUGCUCCUCGAGCUUCUGGAUCUCCGCCACGCUCGCCCCGGCGCGUUCUCCAUGACAUGCUUGGAGGUGGAGCCGACGACGAGACGUGAGAACCGGUUCAUGCCGCGCCGACCGAUGACGAGGAAGUCGAUGCCCUUCUGCUCAGCCGCGACGCAUAUCAUCUGCCCGAUGUGGCUGCCGCGCGCCAGGAUGGGCUUGUAG